AUGGCCCCUGCACGAAUUUCCCACGACCCUGUUCUUCGCCGUGAGCCGGCAGCUUCAAGUCGUGACCUCCAAGUCCGCAACCUGGAAGCAGAUCUUUGUGUUUGCGGUGGCGGCUUCGCUGGUACCAUCGCUGCAAUCGCCGCGGCAAGGAACAAUGUCAAAGUCAUUUUGAUCCAAGAUCGUCCCGUCCUUGGAGGCAACGCAUCCAGCGAAGUUCGGCUUUGGAUUCUCGGAGCGACUUCGCACAUGUUCAACAACAACCGCUAUGCCAGGGAAGGGGGUCUUGUCGAUGAGAUACUCUUGGAGAAUUUAUAUCGGAAUCCCGAGGGCAAUCCUCUGAUUCUGGACACCAUUCUCUUAGAAAAGGUCAAGCUUGAGCCCAAUAUCAAGCUAUUUCUGAACACCGCCUUGGUUGGGUGCGAGAAGAACGGUGAUACAAUCGGCUCUGUCAGCGCGUUCAGUUCUCAAACGUCGCUCAGGUUCAAUAUCCGAGCUGAUCAGUUCAUCGACUGUACAGGCGACGGCACACUCUCUUUCUUGGCCGGUGCUCCGUUCAGAAUUGGUGCUGAGAAACGUGACGAGUUUGGAGAACUCUUUGCACCGUCUUCAGAGUAUGGGCACCUCUUAGGUCACUCCAUUUACUUUUACACCAAAGAUGUCGGAAAGCCUGUCAGGUUUGUCGCUCCAUCUUAUGCUCUCAAGGAUGUUGAGGCAGAAAUCCCACGCUUCAAAAGUUUCAGUACCAAGGAAAUGGGCUGCAACCUUUGGUGGAUCGAAUAUGGUGGUAGACUCGAUACCAUUCACGAUACUGAGGAGAUCAAAUGGGAGCUAUGGAAGGUUGUUUACGGUGUCUGGGACUAUUUCAAGAACUCUGGACGCUUCCCGGAAGCGGAAAACUUGACACUUGAGUGGGUGGGCACGAUCCCGGGCAAGAGAGAAAGCAGAAGAUUUGUGGGUCCCACCAUGAUGGUUCAGCAGGAUAUCGUAGAGCAGAGGUUCCAUUCUGACGCUGUCUCUUUUGGUGGUUGGUCACUCGACUUACACCCUGCGGACGGUGUCUUCUCUGAAGUUGAUGGCUGUACUCAGUGGCACUCCAAAGGUGUCUACCAGAUACCCUUUUCCUCCAUGGUUUGUACCGAGAUACCAAAUCUUAUGUACGGAGGUCGUAUCAUCUCGGCAUCUCACGUUGCUUUCGCAUCCACAAGAGUCAUGGCGACGUGUGGAGCCAAUGCCAACGCUUUGGGAGUUGCAGCCUCGUUGUGCAAGGAGAAAUCCAUCGAUCCUCUUCAACUACUCCAGAAGGCCGAAAUGAAGAACUUCCAACUUGAGCUCAUGCGCUCUGGGCAAUUCAUUCCAGGGUAUAAGCUUCAAGACACGAAAGAUCUUGUCCGUUCAGCUUCAAAGAUCGACGGCUCGCCUACUUUUGAACUCUCGCAGCUCCCAGCUGAUGGGCCGCCCAAGGUCUUAGUCAGAAGUCUUGCACAGAUGCUACCUAUCUCGCAAGGACCGGUCCCCAAGUUCUCCAUUACCGCCGUAUCAGUUGAAGCUACCAAGCUGAUCGUUCAGCUUCGAGGUUCUAAGAAGCCUUACAAUUAUACGCCAGAGGUUAUCUUGGCCGAGAAAGCGUUCUCGCUCGACCCAGGUGCAAACGAUCUUGUCAUUGACUUCGGGAUCGAGAAUCCUCAGACUCAAUAUGUCUUCCUUGCCUUUAUCCAGAACGAUGCUGUUGCACUCUGUACAAGCAAGACCCGUGUUUCAGCCCUCAUGACGGUCGAGCAUGAGUGCACACAGAGUCCGCCUACUAACGUUGGCGUCGAUGAAUUCGAGCGAUGGACACCUGUUAGAAGGCCGAUGGGUCAUAACCUUGCCUUGAGUAUAGAACCACCCCUCAAGGCAUGGGGCGUUGAGAACAUUCGCAAUGGCGUUCCCCGUCCCACCAAGAGGACGAAUUGCUGGGUUCCCUGCUCAAACACGGCUGGUAGAAAGAUUCUGAACGUCUCUUGGCCUAGCCCAGUCGAAGUCAGCAGAGUAGUUAUUUGCUUCGACACAGACUACGAUCACGCCCUCGAGUCUGUCUUGAGAGGUCAUCCAGAGAGGGCUAUUCCAUUUUGCGUAAAGAAAUGGCGCCUACUGGACCUUUCUCAAGGGGAAGAACAACUAUACAUUGAAGAUGAGAACCACAUGUCGCGAUGUGAAGUGGUCCUUGACUCGCCCAGAAAAUUGACAGACCUUGGAGUGGAGAUACUCGAGCUGAAUGGAGGCGAGAACGUUCUUGGUGGGGUAUUUGAGACUCUGCGACUGUCCUUUAAAUCGAUCGUGCCACCAUUGAGAUGGUUUACCAUCUAUCAAUCCAUCACCUUCUUCUCCAUUAGUUAUAAAGAUUCGUACCAUACUCCAAUCUCUUGGGCGCAAGAGUUGAUGGGUCAGCAAAUAUUCGACAGCGCCAAAAUCAUUAGCCCGAAUACUGCACAUCAGAACUGGCUUCUUCUCCCCGUCCUCGGGGCUGCUCUUACGGUUCAUUUCCAACGCCAUAGCAAUGAAUGGCGCGAUUCCAGUCCCUCCAGCGACACAGAUCAGCCUUUGUGCACUGUCAAGUAUGGCAGGUGGAAAUCCACCACCAGCUUGGACAAUUAUCCCAACCAAGAGAUUGCGUGGACGUGGAAGUCCAAGCAGACCCGUGACACGUCCAUUCCGAGCCAUAAGGGAAAUGGUCUCGAUCACGCCAUCAUCGGCGUAUCCAAUAUGGUAUGGAGUAAAGGAAAGACGUCUGUCCUCUUCCGACAGGUUUUGAGGUCCCGACACAGGAUCAAGAUCUCGAGGGAAUUGGAUGGUCAAGUGUUGACCAGGCCGGAAGCUCCGAUUGAAGUUUUGAUUGGCUUGGACAGCAAAGUUGUGGACGCAGCACAGCCCAAGAUGAGUGCUUGGCUGUUCUUCAGCAUCGUCGUCAUCUCCAUGGGAUCAAUCUUUUGGGGUUAUGACAUCGGCAUCCUGAGUACUAUCUAUGUAUCCCCUGGCUUCAACAAAGCUCUCGACAACCCAUCCUCGAGCGACAAGGGCCUCAUCACUUCCAUCUUCUACGCAGGUCAGUUUGUUGGCUUCGCAUUCUUUGCAGGUCCCUUGAACAAUCGCUAUGGUCGCCGUUGGGCAGGCUUUGGAGGCGUGUGUCUCCUCUGUGUAGGUGCUGCCAUACAGACCGGCUCAGUCCACCUUGCUAUGAUGGUGAUUGGGCGAAUAGUCGCAGGUCUUGGUACAGGUGUGGUAUCUACGUCUGUCCCGCUCUACCUGAGUGAGAUUUCACCUGCCAAGAACCGAGGACUGUACGUUGCUGCAAACCAGGUUGGCAUUGUGUCCGGCAUAUCGAUCGCUUUCUGGGUUGGCUAUGGAUACUCCUUCUGGAACACUGGAAAUGGUAUCGAUCUGGAAUGGCGCCUAUCUAAUGCCAUGCAAUUCGUUCCCGCCGUUCUCUUCCUGUCAGGUGUUCCUUUUAUCCCUGAGAGUCCUCGAUGGCUAGUUGAAUCAGACCAGAUUGAAGCCGCUAGCCAAGCACUUUCCAAACUACGCGGCCUUUCCCCGAGCGAAGUCCAGCCCGAGCUUGACGAGAUUCGAGCCAAUAUUCUCUGGCACCAAGAGAACUCCAUCACGUCUGCGCGAGUUUUCAUCCAGCAGAAGCCACUAUGGUCGCGACUCUGGCGCGCGUGGUCGCUCGCAUUUCUUCAGCAAAUGAGUGGCGCUGCUGGCAUUAGAUACUACCUCCCCACAAACUUCAUUGCUGCUGGUACCUCGGAAGAGUUGAGUCUGCUUGCCUCUGGCAUCGACGGGACGGUCCAAGUGGCCUGCACUGUUGCUGCCAUGUUCUUCAUUGACAAGCUUGGUAGAAGGCACUCGCUUGGGGUGGGUGCCAUAAUCAUGGCAUUUUGUCUGAUGAUCAACGGCGCUUUGCAACUCGCCUAUCCCGGCCAGACAAACUCACACGCUAACUAUGUCAACAUCUUCUUCAUCUUCUUCUUUACGGUCGGAUACAGCAUGGGUUUCGGCCCCUGCGCAUGGAUCUACGCAUCUGAAAUCUUUCCGGCAAACUGUCGUUCCAAGGGUCUGGGCAUUUCGUCCUCUGGUGCAUCUCUAGGUUCCAUCAUCGUAGGACAAGUCUGGCCAGUUGCUGUAUCUCGCAUCGGCCCAAAGGUCUAUUUCAUCUUCAUGUCCUUCAACGUCUUUUCUGCGAUCCUUGUCUAUUCAUGCUACCCUGAGACAAAGAACAAGACCUUGGAAGAGCUCGAUUCGCAUUUUGGCUCGCUUAAUGUCCACUCGGAGGAAGUUGCUACGCCAAAACAGAUGCUUGGUGGGGAAGAAGAACGCGUCGAGGCACGCGCGAAGGGCGUUUGA